AGGCUGACUUAGCUAGAAUGAAUCCUGGUAAACGCUUGUCAAGUUCUAAUAACACACCAAUACCUCGCCUGCCAUCAAAUCCAUCACGUGUUGAUCGACUCAUAGUGGAUAUGCUACGUGAACACAGUAGGGUUGUGACUCUCACCAGCAAGAUAAGUGGACAAAUUAAAGAGAGUUUACAUGCUAAUAUUGGAGUAGCAAUGGACAAAUGGUUGGAAGGUAUUCGUAAAGUACAGGCAAGACGUAAAGAGGAAAUAGUAAAUGCUACAAACAGACAUAGACAUGGUGGGGCCAAGUACCAAGAAGACAGAGAUGUUUUGGCUUUGGCUGCAAGCAUCCAAGAAUUAACCGGACAUACACGUAAGUCUCGCACGGCUCUGUGGUGUAGUUUACAGAUGUCAAAGACAGCCUCUUCCAAAGGAGCUGAUGAAGAAUCAAAAGGCAAAGGCCAAGAUACAGAACAAACAUAGAAGAUCAUAAUUCUGCUUCGGCUUUUGAAUGUGGUAAAUGAUUAGGUGUAUUUUAAUUGGGAGGGUAUUCAUUCAUAAUUGUUACUUAACAG